AUGUUGUCCUCAGAUCCUCAGUGGUUCCGCGCUGUGCUGGUGGAGCAAGUGUCCGGCGCCGGUGGACAGCAGCUGUCGCUCCUGUACGUGGACUUCGGGAACAUCGACACCAUUGACGUUUCUCAAGUUAGGAAGAUGCUCCCCGACUUCGUGAGUGGAGUGCCUGCGCUGGUUAACUCCUUGGAAAUACGAAAUUUCCCCAAUAACCCGUCGGAAGACCAGCUAAGGAACGCCCUGGAACACCUGCAAUUGACUGAGGAUGGCCGCGGCACUCUACGCUUCACCCGCUGCGUGAAAGAGCAUGACGGUCUGUACACUGUCGACGCGCCUGCCUUGAUCACCGCCAUGAAUAGCACCUAAGUGCUUAUAUUUAAACUUUUGACAAGUUAGAUUUUAUCUUUCGCCAUGUUGUAGCAUUUAAAACAUUUCGACGCCUCCUACGUAAAGUA